AUGAGCCGGGUUACCUUCACCACAGCCGCUCGCCCUCGCCCUAUUCUCCGAUCGACAUUUCCGGGACGCCGACCAUCAACUCUCCAAGCAAUCCAAAACCGAUACACCUCCAGCACAUCUUCCCAGGAUUCCAAUGCCAUCGGGCAAUAUGAUGACACCAACCCUAACCACAACUACUGGUGGACAGCCUGCGCCCCCUCUCUCACCUCUAUUCUCCGGCACUCCAACUCCUACACCCCCACCCAACAAUCCCUCCACCUCACCUGGUUCCGCAACAACGUCAUCCCCAACCUCGGUCCUCGCCCCUCCUCCUCCUACCGCCUCCGUUCCCCUUUGAACUACGAAGGCUCGCCCUACCGACCAACCUGGAACUUCUGCUCUGCUCCCCCUGGCUCCAGCUCCAGCUCGCCGAAAGUGAAGGGGACGCUGAGAUUUAGUUUCGAGCCGAUACCUGCCACCGGAACUAGUGAAGAAGACCCGACCAAUCAAGAGGGGUAUCGGAGGUUGUUUCCUUUGCUAGCGGGGGAAUGUCACGGAGUGGGCGGCGUGGAGACGAAGGCGGACCUGACCUGGUACAACGAGGUGAAAGAGCACAUGUACUUGUUGAACCAGGAGCGCGCCGUGCUGAAGGAGAGGCUGGUUCCCGGCCAGCUACCGCCCGAACACGCAGCCAUCGCCAUCGCAUGCUCAAGGGAGAAAAGGGUGCUGAAGCCUUACUUCUUCGCCGGACCCACCAGCCUGGUGACCGGCUUCUCGCCUCACCAAGUCUUGUUUUCUGCGCUUCGUGCCAUCCGCACACGCCGAGAGGAACUGAAACCCGCGAUCAAGCUGGUCGAGAGCUACGUUUCUUCCAGAGCAUCAACCAUGACACCCUCCUGCUUCGGCAUCGACGCCGUCUCCCCCUUCCCCUCCUCAGACCAACAAGGAGGCGCGGCGGCGGCGGCGCGAGUGAAGCUGUACACCCUCGUGCCCAGCAACGCCUUUAGCGUGAUGCGCGACGCGAUGACUAUGGGUGGCCGGUUAGCCUCCCCGGAAAGCUUGCGCGGCGUGGCACUUUUGAAAUGGAUUUACCACCUGCUGCGCGGGGAUCGGUCGCGCGUCAGCGAAGCGACGUACCAUGUGAGCAAACCCUGUCGGUAUGAAACCAGGAAAAAUAGCUACUGGAUGGGGUUCACCAGCUACGAGAUGCAGCCGGGAAGGGAGGAUCCGGACGUCAAGGUGUAUUUGCCACUGAUGCAGUUCUUUGAGACCGAGGAAGCCGUGGUUGCGGCGUUGGAGACGGUGUGGAGGGUGUUGGGAUGGGGAGAGGAGCUGGGAAAGGGGGGGUAUAGAGAGGCGGUUAGGGAGGCUUUGUGA